CGCGCAGGCGCACUUGGGCAGAGAGCAGAGCUGGUCGACAGGUAUCUGAGUGGACCGACUGGAGCAACGCAACUCGCACAGACCGGACAGGCUACGAAUCACCGCAUCAAAUAGAGGCUCUUCACACGAGACAGAGGUACGGUAGGGCGUGCCAGGCCAUAACGCCGGCCCUGCAGUGAAUUGACGUUGAACAUCACCAAUGCAUCAGUUCAAUUUGGCCUAAAUGGUCAAUGAAAAGCAUUGCCUAUAGGUGGAAUCCAAUCAAGUUGUAGAAACAUCUCAAGGAUGAUCAAUGGAAACAUGAUGCAACUGAGCUCAAUUUCGAGUCUCUUAACAAAGGGUCUGAAUACUUAUACCCCAGGAUGAAUAGAGCUGCCUUGGAAGUUCAAACAAUGGAUCCAGGUCAGAGAAGAUGAAUUUCUGUGAAGAGGAUGGCUCUCAACUGUUCCACUAUUUUACCACCACAACAUUGGUUUGGACAACGAAAGAGCCCUAAAAUCCCUCUAAGCACACAACAAAAACAUGCUAGCCUUCCCCCACCAUGGACUUGCAGUCGCUUCAAGAUGGCCCCUGUGGCUUGGACACGCCCCACACCGCCCCCUGCAACCUUAAAGACUUACUUCAUGAUGGGUUGAUGGCGGUGAAUGUAUUCUCCAUCUCUUCGGCUCUGGAGAACCUGAGUCGUCAUGAGAUGCUGUCCUGGGUCAACGACUCUCUACGGCUCACCUACACCAAGAUAGAACAACUGUGUUCAGGUGCAGUGUAUUGUCAGUUCAUGGACAUGUUGUUCCCUGGCUGUGUUCUGCUGAAGAAGGUGAAGUUCGCAGCCCGGCUGGAACAUGAGUUCAUCAACAACUUCAAGGUCCUACAGGCCUCCUUCAAGAGAAUGGGCGUAGACAAGAUCAUCCCAGUAGAGAGGCUGGUGAAGGGGAGGUUUCAGGAUAACUUUGAGUUCAUCCAAUGGUUUAAGAAGUUUUUUGAUGCCAACUACGAUGGGAAGGAGUAUGACCCUGUGGCCACACGCCAGGGGCAGGAGGGCGCCCCCUCACCCAACCCAGGCCCCCAGAGGACAUCUCCCACAGUGACCAAGACAGCCCCCUCCAGGCAGAUAAACUCUGCCUCCAUCCGCAGGGCGAUGCCCACUAGAGCAACCAGACCAUCAGACGCUGAGAUCCUAGAACUGAACCAGCAGAUGUUGGAUCUGAAGCUGACGGUGGAUGGUCUGGAGAAAGAGAGAGAUUUCUACUUCAGUAAGCUGAGAGACAUCGAGUUGAUCUGUCAGGAGAAUGAGACCAACACCAGCCCAACACUCUCCAAGAUCAUGGAUAUACUGUACGCUACUGAGGGCGAGGUUGAGAAAGGGAAUACCUUCUCAGACAACUUACCUGAUCACUAAAGGUGAAUAAAAUGAUGGCUUCAUGGCGCCAGAGUACGACAAAGUGGAGGAGGCGCCACAGGGAGACCAAGAAGAAUACUAAACACACCUCCUUUCCCUGCACCACUCCAUACCUCCUUUCUCUGCACCACUCCAUACCUCCUUUCUCUGCACCAUUCCAUACCUCCUUUCUCUGCACCACUCCAUACCUCCUUUCUCUGCACCACUUCCCUCCGUGGAUCACCUCUUCAAGAUUCUCAUCUCCUUCCCCUUCUCUUCUCCCAUCCUCUCCCAACCACCCCCCAAGACAUGUCUGCUCCGGACAGUUCAUCUGAAUGGGCAUUGUUAGCAGGAUGCUAGGCUAAUAGCUAGCUCUGAACAGCUCCUCUGAAUGGGCGUUGUUAGCAGGAUGCUAGGCUAAUAGCUAUCUCUACCAAAUAUGGUGAUGAGAGGAAGCACAGUGGCCAGCAGUGGGAGAAGGAUUUUGGCCGACAUUCUGCAAAUUUUCUCAUCAAUGAAACAUUUGACCUCUACAGUUUUUCUGUUUCCCAAACUAGAAUCUGUAACAAGCAGAGUGUACUGCGUUUUGUAGACUUUAUCCUUUACGAAAGUUUCAAAGUAUUGUGUUUAGAAAAAGUGUAAGGGUGAAUUGAGUUAUUGCACACACGCACUUCAGAGUAGGCGUUCCCUAAUCGAAAUAUGCAAAUAAAUGCUAGAAUGUGCCAAUAGGAUCUCACUAGCUCGUGGUUGGUUCUGCCCACUAUGGUUUAUUUGCUCCCAUUGGAAAUGACAGACUCCGGUCUAUCUUGGGUUAGUUAUAAAAAUCUUUGGUUAAUCUGUAUGGGAGGUGUUAGCAGGGUGCUAGGCUAAAGGAGAUGUCAGGUUGUUAGCACAAAGUAUGGCUCUAUAGAGCCCUCUGCCUAUAGAUGCAGGUCACACAUCAAACUCCCAUCAUCUCUGAACCCAGAACCAAGUCUUGCAUUCUUCUCUCAGAUUGGAAAGAGACUCACUCCACUGACUGACUGGCCCAGUUCAGCAUUCGGGCUCGGCAUCUACCUACCAUACACAUAUCAGUCAUCAGUCCCUGCAUUAAUAAUAUGGGCUCAGCUGCACCACCAUGUUGUCAGUUGUCAAGUCACUCUGUCGUCAGGGAAACAGCCUGUUGUAAAGAAGCGAUUAACCAGACGGCAUGAUUUUAUUUCUUUAGCGGUUAUUUUCCGUUCCUUCCGAACUCUGGAUUGGAUAAGGGAGGGUGGAGAAGCUUGCACCAAUGGAAGCAAAACAAACCAAUCAGAAGGAUCCAGAAACCUACAUGUAAGGUAAUUGGGUGAGGCCAGCAGGAAGCCGGGGUUGCUAUUCAGCAGGGAGCAACGUUACAUAACAUUCAGAUAGAACUGGAUUACAGUAGAACAGACUCAACUGUAUGUCAGAAUCAUGUCAGCUCUAUUUCUUACAUUUCUGUCUGCAACAGUAUGUGGGUGUUAGCGACUGAAUUCACCCUGGGUUAAAUUGUUGUAUUGUUUUGAAUGUGGAGUUAGUUAGGGUAAACAUGGAGUGGCUAACAGGUUAACAAGGUGGUUAAUGUGAAUCUAUUUAUUACCCAGAGAAGGCUUUUAUUAUUAAUCUAUAUGAAUGAACAAAAACACACUACUAUACCAUAGAUACUAAUGGGUGAAUGUGGAUUAUUGUUUUAGCUGCUGUCUUUGAUUUUGAGUUUUUUGGGGGGGUUGUUGACAUGUUGCACUGUGUUAAAAACACCACAGUCUCUGUCAUGGUGAUGGGGAGCAGGGCUUAGUGGUGACUGACAGCUGUCAGGAGUGACUGACAGCUGCCCCUGGUUGUCAUGGCAGCCCUGUGAUAGACAUGCAUUGUUUGUCAUUUUAUUACGAGGCUGAAUAAAGAGAUGGGUUCAAAACCAGAA